GAGAAAAGGAGGACUGUGCCUGCUUCCUUUAAGACUGAUUCCCGUCCUCCUUGGGGGGAAGUCACGUGCUAACGCUUCCGGAACUUGUCCUUUUAAACCGGUCUUCUUUCCUUACCAAUUAACCCGUAUACCAGGCUUGGAAGUGUCGAUGAGCCUUGGAGUUUUCAGUACUAUUGAUGUUUUCAGAGGUCCAGGGAUUCCAGCUGAGAUCAGUUUGGCAGCCAGACCCUUAUUCUUUCCCAAGGAGGAGCAGCUCUUAUCAAGAGCAACACCAACAGCCUGUGCUGUGGGACAGCAGGACCAAUGGCCUUGAGUCCAGGUUGGAGAGCAUUUGCAUCAUUUCCCAUGAACCGCUGUGGUGUCCUUCGGAAAGCUGUGAGAAGCAAUGGUUUUCCCUUGUUUCCCUGGCACCACUGCCCCUGGAGAGGAACUGGAAGCUUUUUGGACCCUGAGAUGAAAGCUCUCCUGGAGGAGAACACUGAAGUCACCAGCAGUGGCAGCCUCACCCCUGAAAUCCAGCUGCGGCUUUUGACCCCCAGAUGCAAGUUGUGGUGGGAGAGAGCUGACCUGUGGCCCCACAGCGAUCCUUACUGGGCAGUCUACUGGCCAGGAGGCCAAGCCCUGUCUAGGUAUCUUUUGGAUAAUCCUGAUGUUGUCAGAGGAAAAUCUGUGUUGGAUAUUGGGAGUGGAUGUGGAGCUACAGCUAUCGCUGCUAAGAUGAGUGGAGCUUUGAGGGUCUUGGCCAACGACAUAGACCCUAUUGCAGGAAUGGCUAUUACACUAAAUUGUGAGUUGAACCACCUGAAUCCUUUUCCCAUUUUAACCAAAAACGUUUUGGAUUUGGAACAAGAUAAGUGGGACCUUGUUGUGCUUGGAGAUAUGUUUUAUGAUGAAGACCUUGCAGACAGUCUACAUCAGUGGCUGAAGAAUUGCUUCUGGGCCCACAGAACUCAAGUACUGAUCGGUGACCCCGGGCGACCCCAGUUCAGCGGACAUUGCAUUCAGCAUCAACUGCACAAGGUGGCAGAAUAUUCACUUCCAGAGCCUACUCGGCAGGAGAACCACGGACUGACAACAAGCACGGUGUGGGAUUUUCAUCCUUGAGCUGUUGAAGUACCUCCAGUAUGGAUGUAGCUAUGUUUAGGUUUAACCCUAAAAGACUCUCCAGCUCAAGGAAGGCAAUUUGUAUUAAAUGGUGAAUCUUGUUUCCAAAAUAUGGAGGUUAAAGUUUUGUCAGCCUUUGUCAUGUAACUUGUUCUGCAGUAAGCCAAAUCUAGGAAUCUCUAUCUGUAAUUUUUUUUCUGGUUUUACUGCUAUAGGAAUAUAAUUAUAGAAGGUAAUAUCCAAUAGUAACCACAUGUAACUUAAGUAGCUGAGAGGAAUCAGAUAUUUCAGUAGUCUGUUUCUAUAGUUGAGGACAACUAUGAUGUAUCUUUGAAUUAAACAAAAUAAAAAAUACAGAAGAAUACUGUAUUUAAAAAAAUUAUCUGUAAAGAUCAGAGAUGCCGUUAGUGUGGUACACAGUACACUAAGUCCCCUACGUACAAACCUUCAAGCUGCAAACUUUCAAAGAUGCAAACAUGCCCCUGUAUGCCAGCUGUUGUACUGUACUACUGUACUUUUCAAGGUACUGUACUGUAAGAUUUAAAUUUUUUUUUUAUGUACUGUUUGUGUGAAAAUUAUUAUAAACCUAUUACUAUUUAGCCGACUGUUGGACUUAUGAACCAGUUGGACUUACAAACCCACUCUCAGUAAGGAACACAUUCGUAUGUUGGGGACUUACUAUACGUGGGCUUUGGAGUGAGGCCACUCUCUCACUUUAUAGUUGGGAUUUGGGGCUAGUUAAUCUCUUUGAGCUUUCAUUUCUUCACCUGUAAGAUACUAAUAAAAUUUAAUAAACCUCACCUCAAAGGGUUAUGAUAGUAAAUGAAAGUAUAACAUGCCUCCUAUAGGAUUAGUACAUAAUAGGGCAUCAAUUAAGAAACAUAGAUAAAAGUAAAGAUUUUAGAAUUUCCUGCAUACUUAGCACUGUGAUAACCUCAGAUAACUCUUUAUGGUUUACUAAGGUCAGAAACUGGUUAUGCUACCACUCCGUGUUCCAGGCUGCCAGGAUCUUACAUAUCGAUAAGAACAUUAGGACAUAAAUGAGAAAUGAUGUGAAGAAGAAUGUGGAUAGUAUACCACUAUUUAUGUAAAAAAGAUGUAUAUAAAUAUCUACGUGUGAAUGUAUGUGUAAAAGAUAUAUACUUACUUGCAGUAGACACAGCAUACCCCUGGAAAGAUAUGUAAGAAACGGGUCACAGUGGUUGUCGUCUGAGAGGGCACCAGACGGCUGGUGGCUGAGGGUGGGAGGGAGACCUAGCUUUUAUCAUACUUUUGGGUCUGUAAUUUUGUACUGAUUAUAUGUACUGUGUUUCUUAUGCUUCAAUUUAAAACAAAACAUGACCACAGUAUAUGUUACAAGUGUAAAACGCAGCCUCUCGAAUGCACAGUUGCCCCUUCUACAACAUGGGGGUGAGGGGCGCUGACCACCCCCCCCCACCCCCCUGGAGUUGAAAUUCUAUGUACAGCUUUACAGCGUGCAUCCAAGUUUCUGCACUACUGUAGUAUUUAUUGAAACAAACAAACCAAACAAAAAACACAUAUAAGUGCAGUUCAAAUCCAUGUGGUUCAAGGGUCAGCUGUCCUCUCAUGUUCUCAUAUACUGCUUAGGAAUUGUUUAUGACACUUGCAUGCUAUGCUUUCCAGUAAUACACAUAUGCCAGUGGGAUUAGGAUACCAGGGAGACAUGAUCAGAGUUAUAGUCAUUCAACAGAAAUGUAGAGAAAGCGGUUAAGGCAACGUUGUUUCUUAGACUGGAAAACAGGAUCAUCAGGUGGGAGAUUUGGAGCUGGGGUCACAGAGGAUCUUGUGAUUCCCGAACUCUGGAAGUCAGAGUUUAUUACAACCCAAUGAAUCAACUCUUGUUGUAUCCAAUUUCCAUUGGUCUACUGGGGCUUAAUUAAUUAUAAACUCAAAAUUUUGAUUCUGCAUUUGUUAAAAUGAAUGGAAAUUAUAGGCUAUAGUGGCAUUGGAUGGCAUUUGAAAGGAAAGAGUUUUGUUGACAUGUUCAAGGAAAUUAUACUCUGGAGCACAGUUGGAAAUCAACUGAAGAGCACAAGAGUAGAUUUAAUUUUAAAUAUCUACAACCCUGUUUCUGUUAGCCUCUCUUAAUUAUCUAUGAGGAAGGUACAAGAAGGUCUUUGAGAUAUCCAAAUAUUACUUAAAAUAUUUUUAAAUCUCCCAUAUAUAUAACAGUGAUACUUGAAAUGACUUCA